UGCAGAGUUACGAGAACAUAUAUAUACCAGCGCUGAUGUUCUGGCUGGUCUUCUCCUUCGUGGGAGUGUCCUCUCUCUCCACAUCCUCAAUCGCAACCAGUAGCCCAUUGCAAUCGUGAGCUGACUUUGGGUGCUGUAUUAUGGCUGUCAGCGACGUUUUUCGGAACAGCCGAGUGUACUUUUUGGCGUUCAUCGCGUUCUGGGGAAUCGUACUCUUUGGUUACGAUACCGGUGUAGCAGGAAGUGUCAUCGCACAAGACUACUUUAAGCAACAUUUCCUGUCCAACCCAGAUGGGUCUAUCGACCCCAAACAGGUCACUGCACUCACCUCCAACGUCGUUUCCGUUCUCCAAGCUGGUGCUUUCUUUGGAGCUCUGGGGAGUGCCCCCAUCUCAGCUCGCUUCGGACGCAAGUACACCCUGCUAGGCUUCUCGCUCAUCUUCAUUGUUGGUGCGAUCCUCCAGACAAUUGCGGGAGUCAAUGGACGAGGUAUUUCGUACAUCUAUGCUGGACGUGUUAUUGCUGGGCUGGGUGUUGGAGCUAUUUCCGCUGUCGCACCUGCUUAUGUGUCGGAAUGCUCGCCAAAAGACGUUCGAGGUCGUAUUACUGGGCUCUUCCAGAUCAUGGUUGCGAUAGGAGUCAUGCUCAGCUAUUUCAUUAACUUCGGAAUUAGCCAACACAACCCCGUUGGUGCGAAAGUCUGGCAAAUCCCGUUCGGCUUCCAACUCGUCCCCGGAGGGAUCAUGUGUAUCGGUCUUCUCUUCGUGAAAGAAUCUCCGCGUUGGCUCGCUUCACGCGGUCGCAUGCAAGAAGCAUUAGCAAAUCUCUCAUAUUUGCGUAAGUUACCGGCAGACAACGAGGAAGUGAUGUUCGAGAUGGCUGAGAUUGAAGCCUCUAUUGAGGAGGAGCAAGAGGCACGUAGAGAUCUAGGGUGGAAAGAAGCGUUCCUGGGCAAAGGGAACUUUGUUCGUUUCGUAAUUGCCUUUGUUAUCUUCUUGUUGCAGCAGUGGGCGGGACAGAACUCGGUUGGAUAUUAUGCACCGCAGAUAUUCGCUGCCAUUGGCUACGAAGGCGCAUCGCAAUCAUUACUCGCAUCAGGGAUAUACGGUAUCGUCAAGGUCCUUGCCACUGCUCUCUUCGUCUUCUUCCUCGUCGAAUCGCUUGGCCGAAAGCUCUCCCUUGCCAUCUCUGCGUUUGGGAUGGGCACGCUGUUCUUCAUCAUUGGCGCUAUUCUCAAGACACAUCCUCCUGGUACCCUUCCUGCAGGCGCCGCGCCCCCACCAGCAUCGAAGGCCAUGGCUGCAAUGUUAUACAUUUAUGUUGCGUUCUACAGUAUGGGCUGGGGACCUCUACCAUGGGUCUACGUCUCCGACAUCUUCCCAACGCGCACGCGACACUACGGCCUUGCGUGCGCCUCAGCCUCUCAAUGGCUCUGGAACUUCGUCGUCACAUACACCACUCCUCACAUCAUCGCUAACAUCGGCUACAAAAUCUUCCUCAUGUUCGCUACUGUCAACAUCGGUGCUAUGUUCACGUUCUCCCUCCUCAUCCCCGAGACGAAAGGUCGCAGUCUUGAAGAGAUGGAUGUCAUCUUCGGCUCGAUUAGUGCGGAGGAACAUGCGAAGCGCGUAAGGGACCAGGAACGUGUGAUUGAGCAUGAGUUGCAUGAGACGAGGAGUCUGUCGAGUGUUGAGAUGAGGGGGAAGGAAAAGGCUUGAUGUAUGGUUUGUUCAUUACUUUCCUCUGCUGCAAUUUGGUUACCUUCGUGUAGUGUAUCUUGUACUGUUUCACGUAACGCCGUCUAUUCUUUUCCGCUUCGAAUCCCUUUCAUUUUAAUGUGCUUUCGUUGCCUGAUCAGCAAGGACAAGCGCAUACACGCCAUUACUACCCAAAUCAUUUUGAGAUGAAGGAUGAGCAAAUACACUGAGAAAAGACAAGUAAGAAAAUCAUUAAUAUGCACAAGCAGGAGCAGGAAACUUCGCGCAAAGGUCCAUAUUUAGAAGAGAACUGGUGCUCUGCAUCGUAAUACAAGUCCGCACCACACAAUACAUUGCUCCAUGAGCAACCCACAUACAUUCGCAUAACACGGAUUACGAAUGGUGAUACAUCAAAUAGUUCUAUUCCGAUUUCGUCGCUUUCUUCACAGGCAACCAUUUGAUAGAGUGUCUCCUAUAUACUGGCCAAGGUGGCACAACAGCGAGAAUGAGAAGCACCGUGCCCAAGCCUAACGUUCCAAAAGUUACGCGUAGCGAUUGUGCCACAAAGCCUAGUAUAAAUGCAAGCGCAGUGCUGCCAAUGAGUACAUUUCGGACUAUCGAGUCGGUGAGUUUCUGUCCUUCGAAAUC